UACAAGAAUGUUUUGAUUCUCUUGGGAUUAAUCGUGGAUUUUGUUUCAGAAAGGAUUUUUCUUUUUGAACCGAAGAAUAUUUUUCAGUCACUUGUGCCCGUUCCCCACCCCCACCCAUCGGCGGGGUUAACAGAGCCCGCCCCCUCUCUCCCCGGCUGCCUCCGCCUCUCUUCCCCGGUCUGUCAUCCACACCGCUGUUGUUGCAGCCAUUUUACUGUGAAGCGUCGGCACAGCGGCGACCGGAGGAUGCCGAAACAGCACCGUUGAAAGGAUUAGAAACAUGGCUGGCGCUGCGCGAGGUCCCGUGGUUGGCCGGCCAUUGGCGUUUGCCAUUGAAGAGCGAAGGGCGGUUCACUCCUGGUCCCGGAUCUCGUCAGCGGGGCAAAACAUCCUCCUGGAUGCUCUAAAGAUCCUCAGCCCAAUGUCCCGUGACCUCUCAAACAAUGAAGAGCUGGUCACCUUCUUGCAGGAGCUGGGUGAGGAGGGCCACAAGCCCACUGUGCUGCGUAGCAUGGACGUGUAUGGCUACCGCUCUAGCACAAACCAACCCCUGACUGAAGACAAGCUGAAGCCCCCCAACAGGAGCGCCAGACCUGCAGCCAAGAGGAGGGGAAGGAGGUCCAUGACCAAGAAGAGAGAGGUGCACCCAUCCUGGAACACCUCUGAGAAGUGCAACCCUAAGAUCCAAGGGGUCCGCCCUCCUGAGCUGCUGGUGGACCAUCAUGCUAUCAACUGCAGCAGGACACCCAGUCGGAAUGUAGAGGUGUCGCAGGUGCGGCCGUGCCUCAGACUGACCAACAUUGAGGGUCUGUCUGGCUUCCAUACAGCCCGACUCCAGAUUCACACUUCUUGGGACAAAAACUCUGAGGUGCCAUCUGUUGCCUUUUCAAAGCAACAGCACCCUCCAACGCUUUCAGGAAUACCUUUGCAGCCUUCUCAGAACGGUGGUGGGGCGCCCACCAAAGCUGUGGCCUUGUUCAGUCAGAAGAGCCUGUCCUGCCCCAUCCGAUUGGACGGCGCCCUCAUCGGAGAUUCUGCACCAGUCUUUUACACAAAUGGACGGGCAUUCCCAGAGACUCACACAGAGCUGACCAGCAAUGGCUGGAGGGGAAACGGCCUCCACAGAGAUGGUCGGGGCCCAAAGGAACUGAGCAACCCGACGCGGCAGAGGAAUGGCUGGAAGGACAAAAACGGUCUUAGGUGGAAAGUGAUAAAGGUGGAUGACUCUCGCUCUGUAGCUGAGGCCCGCAGAAAAGCGCAAAAGAUCUUACAGGUCAACCUGUCUCCAGUGAUUCAGAUUCAACCUCUCAACCAUGUUCUGAGAGACUUCCGAUACCAGAAUAAGUGAACCAACCCCAAUCCACACAUUGUGUUUCACUUAGCAGAUGUUAGUGUUUUACAUACAUUAGCCUGUACCUGGCUGAGCCCCGGUGUUCCUAGCAGACGUCUUACAAUGGUUUUUGUUAACUCUGCUGAGUGUUGAGGUCAGUCUGUCUGUGGAAGUUCUGGUUCCUGACGGGCACUCAGGCUUGAAAGGCAUUUAAAGUUGGGUGAUGCUUUUCUCAGCAGGCAGGGAAAAGACUUGGCCGAAUGCUGGUACAUUUUCAAGGUCCACUUUAGUUUACACUAUACAAUUCAACCAACCAUCAUUCUGCUUCAAGAUGACUGCCUGCUUGCCGGUGUUGCUGAUGGAUUUGGGACACAGCAUCCCCAAUUUUUCUGCCAAAGGCACUGGGUCCUCUUCAGUUGUUUAAGGAGUAUGUAGAACUCAUUUGGAGUGUAGUGACAUUUUGUUUACUUGUAGCGCUUAAAAACUGCUGUCACUCUGCGGCACCCCAUUUCCCCUGAAAAGAAAGAGAAAAUUAAGCUAGUGGUCCCAUUGAACGCCCAAAUAAACCGGUGGAAGUGCAGCGCAAGUUUCCAAAUUCUUUAGAAGAGCAGACAUGGUGGUUGGUUGGUCCCAGCAAAGAAAUCAACUAAACAAUUAUUGAAAAAUGUUUAGAUUGUCUUCCUUUUUGUACUUUUUGUUUGGUAACCAGGAAGGCUCUGAGGGUGAGUACAGCAGGGAAUCAAACUUGCAGCCCAUACAGAGAUAGAUUGAUACCUGGAUGAUUGUUUUGAGCUGCAGUCCUUCACAAAGUGUUCCUUUUUGGUUAAGUUUAUCCACACAUGGAGACAAAAGACUUAAAGAAUAUGUUUGACUGUUGGGUGAUUUGAUGUCUUACAGAAACAUGAAUCACAGAAACUGCAGAAAAUGGCGACUAUAGAAGGGGACUUGGGCCUACGUCAAACAAUUGGGCUUCCGAGAUUCAUCUUUAGAUCUUAAUUCUGGGAAAACAUUGAGAAUAAUGAGUUAGAAGAAUUGUGACUUCAAUCUUCAAAGUGUUCUCACUAUUAAACUUCAUCUCUGGAUCCUAUAUUUACAAAUUUCUGCCUAACUUCAGGGUUUAGUUUUCGAAUUGCAUCUCUUUUCCCCUCAACAUUCUUCCAUUCCAUGAUGUGGCCCGGGUCCACUGCCAUAAACACCAGAUACAAAAAACAACCAUCUGCUGUCGGUCUAAUGCUGCUCAAUAUUUCCUUUUGUCCAAUACAUUGUUUAACGUCACAGGCAACCAACUGUAAGUUGGAGCCUUGAUGUGUGAAAGUUGUUUGGCUGAUUUAGAAAUGUUUGUGGUGGCAUUUGUCAACUUAAGCUGCAGGACUUUGUUUCCUGACAAGUUAAAUUUGAAACUACAGCUUCAGAAAGUUGAAUCUCCCAUCAGAACUCUGUGCCCUGUUGAGUUGAAGGAGAGAACAACCCAUCAAAAUCUACUUGGUAGUUUCUUGAUUUGUUCUGCUGUUAUCUAACUGAUGUGGCUCACCUUCAAACUAAAAUAAAUGCACUUUGAGAGUGUGACAGUGCUUAAUUGUCGCCUGUUUCCUAAACAUGAAGGUUUGUUAAUAUCAUUUCCUGCAUCAUGUAGAAAAUAUGUGAAAUAAUCAGUUUUUUUGAACCCACACUGUUUUUGCUUCAGGUGCUAACUUUGCAACGUUGGUGCUGAAUUAACUAACUGGCACAAGAAUGUUGUCAUACUGUUUUUCUAGUUCAGAUUGGGGCAUUUAGGAGCAGCAACUUCCUGUAAAUUGUUCUGAGGGAUUUGUAGCACUACUGCCCCCUGCAGGUUGGGAUGAGCUUGCCAAACCAUCGUGUGUUUUUUCUAAAAGGUUUCUUUUGUGAGAGGCCACUACAAUUCAUUUUCAUGUUGUCAUCUGUGAGAAACUCCUGUGAACUUCCAUUUGCAAAACUACAUUCCGCGUGAGUAAAGUUCAGUGUUGACCUCGGAAACAUGAAACAAAAUCUUAACUCAUAGAAAACUUGAUAGCGUUUCCCGGAGCUUUUUCUGAUUUUAAGAAAUCCAUUAAAUGUGAACAAAAGCUCUGGAAUAAGACAAAAAGCGAAACUUGAUUUUU